AGAGCUGCUCCUGAGGCGUCGGCCGUCGUAUGAAGGAACUUGGGUGUUCUGGUUCGCAUUGGGACUCUGUGGAGCCAGCGGUCUCUAGGCGUGGAGGGCAAGCGCUGUCUGUGCUGAGGGAGCUGGAGGAUGCGCCCGAGUGGGGAGGAGACCUGCUCGCUCGUCUGUCAGAGCGGCGGUCAGGGCGCGAGCGCUGGAUUCAGGGCUGGGAAUGAAGAUUGGUUUGGCGAGGUGAACGUAGAGUGGUUACGAGAGUUUCAGCUGAGGGGCGCUGGGACACCUUUGUCAUUUGAACCCAGGUUUGCCAUUUGCUUUUGGUGAACUUACGGCUGCAGCCGCUGUGAGGGGUCGCGCCCCAGCGUUCCGCCGAGGCUGCCGCUCUGGCUGUCACACACCUGUUAGCCGGUGCCCCACGCUUGCUAGGGCACAGUGUGUCACAAGUGAGGAGGCCGGCUGAGGGCGGUGGCUUCCCGAAGGCCACAUGUCUGAGAAGGGAUCUUGCUGUGUGGGAACCCAGACCUUUGACUCUUGCUUUCAUGCAUGGUACAAAUAUGUGUUUUUAAAGUUACUUAAAAAACACAAACAACCUGUAUUCCAAUGGUUGGGACGUUUCAUUUAGAUUUUUUUGGAGUUAGAUAAUAGCACACUCACAGUCUUAUGUUCUAAGUGCUUUUCUUGUAUUAAACCGUCCUUCCUCAAAACUACUCACAGUCAGUUGCGCAGUCCCUGUUUUACAGAAGCAACUGAGACCCGGGGCUUAGCAACUUGCCAAAGAUCACACAGCAAGUAAACUGUGGAGCUGAUUUGAACUCAGGCAGUGCAACUUCAGAAUCUUUUGCUCAUGAGAUCAUUGUGCUGGGUUGCUUCUCACGUGAAAUCUUUUUAGAACUUAGAUUCCGCAGGAACUUAAAAGAAAGUUCUGUGGCUUAAAAAAGUGUUGUUAUUCUUUUUUUGGCUAAUGGAAUAAUAUUCUUUUUUUUUUUAAAGCUCUUUAUUGGAAUGUAAUUGCUUUACAUAGUUGUGCCAGUUUUUGCAGUACAACAAAGUGAAUCAGCUGUGUGUAUACAUAUAUCCCCGUAUCCCCUCCCUUCCUCGUCUCCUUCCCACCCUCCCUAUUCCACCCCUCUCAGUCAUCAUCAGGCAUUGAGUUGCUCUCCCUGUGUUAUGCAGCAGCUUCCCACUAGCUAUCUAUUUUACAUUCAACAGAGUAAAUUUUAAAGAUCUAAUUGGCCUUAUUGAACAACUCGUGAAUUGGGUAGCAUCCUGUCUAGUAAGUAGUGAGGAGCUCGGUAAUGGAAUAUUCUUAAAUGACCAUGAUACUAAAAAGCAACAGAAGAAACCCUUUAAGUGCCUAUUUGAGAAAUAUUUUCUUGUGCACAUUGGUGCAAUUUUUGGUAGUUCCAUGUCUGCCACACACUGAAAUUAAAGGUAAUUUACUGUGAACUGAGGUUGAUAGAUUAGUGCAGCUGUAUUAGCCUCCUGUUUCGUAAUGGUGAAAAUACGGAUUUAACUCAGUACUAAGAAUAUAUAGAGAGCAGCAUCAGUAAAGGAUCUGUAGACAUGGAAGCAGUGAACAGCUUCUUUCCUAGUUAAUUAAUCCACUAGGCCUUUUGUAUGGACUUUUGCAUCUCUUAGAAUGGAUAAAUUAUGGUAAAAGUCACCUUCUUUUUCCCAGAGUGAUUGGCAGCAGUAGACCAAGGAUCUUGAAUUGUUUUAAGAUUUUGAAACUUCUUUGAUUUACCUAUGUUUUACUUUUUAUUAUCUUUACUUGGUUUCUGUAAAACAGCAAACGGCUAAAGAGGGGAAACUUUUUUUUUUAUAAGUAAAAAUUGAUUUUUUUUUUUUGCGGGGGCGGGGCGAGGGCAGAGGGACCACAAUAACAAUGAAGGGUGGGGGCACAUAACAGUUGACAAUAAAAAACUCCUAUUCUCCAAAUUCAAGAAAACAGACUUCUUUGGCCCUCCUCCCAAGCCUUGAACAAGUAGCUGCAGAGCCCUUUAAAACUUGCCCAAUCACUGGCAGCCUCUUUUCAGUGCCUUCCUCCUGAGAGUUGGCCUGUAGGUAGCAGCCUUGGGAACCAUCCUGUGCAAAUUGGUCAACCCAUAGACUGCUUCUGAGAGCGCACCAAUCCUUGUGUUCCUUUCUUCUCAAAACUGUGAUAAGGUCAGCACUUGCUAUGUAAGGCCAGAUUUCUUUGCAAGCAGUAAGUUUAGCUUCUUUGUUUUAGAUAUGUGUGGAUGGUGGUCUUAACUUUGGAUGAUCCUAUUUAUCAGCCAGCUUUGGGGAAAGAAGAACCCCAAAGGAUAGAGAUGACAGUGGAACUUUAAGGAGGAAAUAGCAGCAAGUCUGAUACAGUGAGUGGAAAGCAUAAAGAAAUAUUUUUGUUGAGGCUUGCUCUGGCCAGAGAACCCAGUCUGGGCUUGAGUGACCUUGUGCUUAAUUUUUAGGAAUGCCACCAUGAGGUUCUUGACAGCUCCUCUGUUAACGUAUGCUUUUGAAGGCUAGGAACCAAUUCAGUGAAUUUUAUUGUUAAUUUAUUAUUUUUAACUAUUUCCUAUGAUUUUUGUAUUUCCUAGUUCUGAAAUGCUAACUGAUCCUUCAAACUCACUUUCUACUGAGCCUGAGAUACACUUUUCACAUAGAUAACUUGUCCGAAAAAUGUACCCAUUCCAAAUCAGCUUCUCAAAUAUUUUGUUUCCUUAGUACACACGAAAAGGUACUCCCACCGUUAACCUUUGCUGCCCCCUCAUCUCUCAUUUUAUUCCAGUCCACCUCUUUGGUUUCGCUUACCUUUUGCCAAAUAUAUUCAGACUUUUACUGCUUUACCUCAGUCAUUUUCUGUUGCUGAUUUAUUCGCUUGGAAUGUCUUGGACUCCAACUCACCAACCCUCCAUAGCCUUUCCAUUUUGAACCUCUGUGAUAGGCCCCGACAUGCAAAGAAGACAUGAUUCCUGCCCUGAAGAAGUUCAGUCCAAUAGGAAAAAUAGGUAUAUAAGUAGAUAAUUACAACGUAGUGAGGUGAGUGCAGUGAAAUAAGUAUAAACUGGCCACUCUGAGAAUUCCUUGGAAGGGCACCAGGCGUAUCCUUGAGGGAUGAGCGAUUACAAGAGGGUUUAGAAGUGAAUUGCCAACACAUAGAAAUUGUUGUUUAAAACCUUGGGAGAUACUGCCAGUUGUACUCUAAACGUAGAAAUUACAGUUUUUCUACUUACCCUCACUACCGGUGGAUAUUAUUGUUUUGAUAAUAAAAAAUUGACAUUUUUUUAAUCUGGCAUUUCUUUAACUAGAAUUUAACUGAUUUUGUUUUUAGCUUUCACAGCUUGCACAUUAAAACUUGAAAUGGUUUCAGAUUUACAGAAAGUUGCAAGUAUGGUACAAAGAACUUCUUCCUCCCCAAUCAUUUGAAACUAAGUUGCCAAAAAAGAUGCCACAUUACUCCCCAAAUUGUCUAUUUUCUACAAUAAGAACAUUCUCCUACAUAUCCAGCACACAACCAUGAAAAUGAGGAAAUGAAUGGAUUAUUACCAUCUAAUCCUCAGACCCCCACUGAAGUUUUUGCCAGUUGUUCCAAUAGCAUUUAUAGUAAAGAAUCUAGUUAGAAUUGCAUGUUGUAUUUAGGUAUCUUUAGUAUCUCUCAUUCUGGAAGAGUUCCUUAGUUUUUCCUUCCAUGAUCGUUUUCUUAGUGUAUAAUUAGUUGAUUUUUAGUAAAUUGGUAGAGUUGUGCAACCAGGAACACAAUCUCAUAUUAGAACAUUUCCAGUACUCUCCCCCAAAAACUAUCCAUGUGCAGUUACUACCUGUUGCCACCCCCAGCUGACUGCUAAUCUACCUUCUAUCUGUGUAGAUUUGUCUUUUCUCAACAUUUCAAUGAAUAGAACCAGACACCAUGAGAACUUUCUGCGUCUGGCUUCUGUCACUUAGCAUCAUGUUUUUGAGAUUCAUUCAUGUUGUCUUGUGCGUCAGUACCUAGUUACUUUCAUUGCGGAACAGUGUGUUGUGGUAUGGGUAUGCCAUGUUUUGUUCAUCCAUUCAUCAUUUCAUGGUCACUUGGAUUGUUUCCACACUUUGGCUGUUAUGAAUAGCACUCCCUUGUAUCAUCUGGACAUUUUUGAAGUUUGCAGGAAAAUUUCACAAAAUGUUUCAAAUUCCUGUGGAGAAUCUUGACAACAUCAGGAAGGUGCGGAAAAAGGUGAAAAGCAUUCUUGUGGAUAUUGGGCUUGACAGCUGCAAGGAGUUGCUGAAGGACCUUAAAGGCUUUGAUCCAGGAGAGAAGUACUUUUAUAACACAUCGUGGGGAGAUAUUUCUCUCUGGGAACCUUCUGGAAAGAAAGCGAGAUAUCGAACAAAACCAUACUGUUGUAGCCUCUGUAAAUACUCCACAAAAGUGCUUACUUCAUUCAAAAAUCAUUUACAUCGUUACCAUGAAGAUGAAAUUGACCAAGAGUUGGUGAUCCCUUGUCCAAACUGUGUGUUUUCCUCUCAACCCAGAGUUGUAGGAAGGCACUUCAGAAUGUUUCAUGCACCUGCUCGGAAAGUCCAGAACUACACAGUGAAUAUUUUAGGUGAAACUAAAUCAUCUAGGAGCGAUGUGAUAAGUUUUACCUGUUUAAAAUGUAACUUUUCAAACACUCUGUACUACAGCAUGAAGAAGCAUGUGCUGGUCGCCCAUUUCCACUACUUAAUUAACUCCUACUUUGGCCUGAGAACUGAGGAGAUGGGUGAGCAGCCAAGAGCUGAUGAUACCCUUUCCACAGAGAAGAUGCCCCCGUCUGACAGGUAUUACUGUAAAAAGUGCAACGCCAAUGCCAGCAGCCAGGAUGCUUUAAUGUAUCAUAUUUUGACAUCGGAUAUACACAGGGAUUUGGAGAAUAAGCUUAGGUCUGUGAUCUCAGAACAUAUUAAGAAGACGGGACUUUUGAAGCAAAUGCAUAUUGCUCCAAAACCAGCUGCACAUGUGGCUGUACCACCGAAUAGCAGUGCUCCGGGCAUCCCAGCCACAUCUCCUUGCUUCCACCUUGCCUUGCCACAGAACAGUCAGAGCCAAACUGUAGUACAGCCAGUUCAGGGUGCAGCCCCUCCGGUGACUGUGGCCUCGGGUGCUUCUGGAAACCUCACCCAUUCUCCGCCAACCGUUGCCCAGUCUCAUGUGACUCUGGUCUCCAGCCCACUGCCAGUGGGUCAGAGCAGCCUCACCCUGCCACCCUCGACACCUCAGCCUGUCUUCCUCUCUCACGGAGUCCCACUUAACCAGGCAGCAAACCCUCCUGUGUUGCCCUUGAGUCAGCCGGGUGGACCUGUAAAUAAGUCUGUUGGGACCAGUGUCCUCCCCAUAAACCAGACCAUCCGCCCAGGGGUUUUGCCCCUCAGCCAGCCUGUUGGGCCCCUAAGCAGACCAGUAGGGCCGGGAGUUCUCUCCGUAAAUAGACCUGUUGGGUCUGGUGUCCUUCCUGUCAAUCCCUCUGUCACCCCUGGAGUUCUUCAGGCAGUCUCGCCGGGGGUGAUUUCUGUGAGUCGGACAGUCCCGUCAGGGGUCCUUCCUGCAGGACAGAUGACCCCUGCUGGGGUUAUCCCUUCAGGACAGACAGCAACUUCCGGGGUUCUCCCUGCUGGCCAGGUGAUUCAGUCAGGGGUCCUCCCCCUCGGCCAGACGGCCCCAUCCGGGGUGCUCCCUGCUGGGCUGACCGUCCCGCCACGGGCUCUCCCUCCUGGCCAGACGGUCCCACUGAGAGUUCUCCCUGCAGGUCAGGUAGUCCCACCUGGGCUCCUUCCUCCCAACCAGACGGUGUCGUCAGGUGUUCUCCCUGUGAAUCAGGGUAUUAACUCUGGUGUUCUUCAGCUCAGUCAGCCUGUCAUGUCAGGGGUUCUUCCUGUAGGCCAGCCAGUGAGGCCUGGGGUCCUGCAGCUGAAUCAGUCGGUGAAUACCAACAUCCUGCCCACAAAUCCGCCCAUUAGACCUGGUGCUUCGCCAAACACCACUUUCCUAACAUCAGGCUCUAUUCUCAGACAACUAAUACCCACAGGGAAACAGGUGAAUGGGAUUCCCACAUACACGCUUGCCCCAGUAUCUGUCACUUUGCCUGUGCCCCCUGGAAGUGUUGCCACUGUUGCCCCUCCCCAGAUGCCCAUCCAGCUCCUGCAGUCGGGCACAGCUGCACAGAUGGCCAGUUCCAUGGCCAGCAUGCCCUCCCCACCAGUGGUGGUAAAUGCCACUCAGAAUAUGUUCGUUCAGGCCUCUUCGUCUGUGGCAGAGGCGAAUCAGGUGCUCAGACAGGCAAAGCAAUGGAAAACCUGUCCAGUUUGCAAUGAGCUCUUCCCUUCCAAUGUCUACCAGGUCCAUAUGGAAGUGGCGCAUAAGCACAGUGAGUCCAAAUCUGCUGAAAAACUGGAGCCGGAGAAGCUGGCAGCAUGUGCCCCAUUUUUAAAGUGGAUGAGAGAGAAAACAGUGCGGUGUCUGUCUUGUAAGUGCUUAGUCUCGGAGGAAGAGCUUAUCCACCACUUACUGAUGCACGGCCUGGGGUGCUUGUUCUGCCCGUGCACUUUCCAUGACAUCAGAGGCCUCUCAGAGCACAGUAGGACCAUGCACCUAGGGAAGAAGAAGUUGCCCAUGGAUUAUAGUAACAAAGGUUUUCAACUGGAUAUUGAUGCCAACGGCAACCUGCUGUUUCCCCACCUUGACUUCAUUACCAUAUUGCCCAGGGAGGAGCUGGGUGAGCGCGAGGUCUACUUGGCCAUCCUGGCUGGGAUACACUCCAAGUCGCUGGUGCCCGUGUACAUCAAAGUGAGGCCCCAGACGGAGGGUGCGUCCGGGAGGCCCGGCAAGCAGGUGUUGACCUGCCCCUUUUGCUUUGGCACCUUUGUGACGACUGAGGCAUACGAGCUGCAUCUGAAGGAGAGGCACCACAUCACGCCAACGGUCCACACCAUUUUGAAAUCUCCGGCUUUCAAGUGCAUCCACUGCUGCGGGGUUUACACUGGCAACAUGACCCUGGCAGCCAUCGCCAUUCACCUGCUGCGCUGUCGGAGUGCCCCGAAGGACAGCAGCUCAGACCUGCAAGCCCAGCCCAACUUUAUCGAGAACAGUGAACUGCUUUUAGUCAACGGCGAGGUGAUACACGACUCCAGUUUUUCUGUAAAGAGAAAGAUGCCUGACGGCCACUUUGGGGCUGAAGACCAGCGGGAUGGUGAGCAGCAGCCUCUCAUCAUAGACGCUGACACAGACCCGGCCCCAGAAAAGGUGUCGAGCGUCGUGCCUUUUAAAAGACAGAGGAAUGAAAGCAGGACGGAAGGACCACUUGUUAAUGACGAUGCUCUUCAGAUUUUAGCAUUAAAUCCUAAAAAAUAUGAAGACCGUUCUUACGAAGAAAAAAAGCAGUUUCUUAGAGAUUAUUUCCACAAGAGACCAUAUCCCAGUAAAAAGGAAAUAGAACUGUUAUCCUCACUCCUGUGGGUGUGGAAAAUUGAUGUGGCUUCAUUUUUUGGAAAAAGAAGGUAUAUUUGCAUGAAAGCAAUAAAAAAUCACAAGCCUUCUGUACUUCUAGGCUUUGAUAUGUCUGAACUUAAAAAUGUUAAACACAGAUUGAACUUUGAGUAUGAACCACAAAACUUGUAAAAAAUAUUAGGAACUCUAAAGUACUAGAUAAUUAGUAGUUUUUUUCAACUGAGAUUUUAAAAGUUAUUUUCUUCACUGUAUGUUGAACUAAUGAAUUUCAGUGGUCUUUAUGCUGCUCUUUAGAUUUAUUUCAGGUGCUCAGAAAGACUUCUAUAUAAAGAAGUGACUAGUUCUUUCAAAUUUAUUGUUUCUGCAGUUUGAUUUUGUAACAAUUAUUUGUCAUUUUUCCUCUGUCAUGUAAAUGAAAUCUUUUGAUAUUUCAUGCACGCCUUGUUUUCCCAAUAGUGUCAGUAUCGUAUGAUAAAAACUGAAAUCUAUAUGUGUUUGUUUUUCAUUUAAGGAAAUUUCAGCUUGUUUCAGAAUACUUGAUUAACUGCGAAUUAAAACAGUGCUCUCCCUCAGCUUCACAAGUAGCAGCAGAUGAUACAGUAAAUGUUUAGAGAAGUGAGUAGAAGCCCCUGUGACAUGUCUGGUUCCUUAAGGAUGCACUGCAUUAACUUAUGCUGAUUUCUUCUUGUAAGGUAUUUGUUUAUUAGAUUAUAAUUUUGAUUUGUUUUUUUUCAGGUUUGUCCUAACAGCUGUUUUUGAGUGUAACUCAGAAAACCAAAUGUUUUCUUAUGUUAAAUAUAUACUGAACCUGAAGUCUGGUAUUUAAGCUCAUAAGUCAAGAGUUAUUUUACAAAUAAAGUAAUUCUAUAGGUACAAAAACACUUCUCAGUGUAGACUUUUCCCCUCUUUUUGAUAUGGUGAUAAGUCUUUUCUCCAUUCAAGGACAAGACAGUAAAUCUUUAGUGCCUUUAGAACAAACACUGAAAACACACUCACAAGCUCUCCUCCUAACCUAACUGUUCAUGAACCAGUGAAAGGGAAGGACUGUGUUACUCAGGAAUAAAAUGUUGACCCCUGAGUGUGGCUACUAACUGAAAUUUAUACACAGGUUUUCAGGGGACAAGGUGAGAUGAGUAGACCGGAGCUAGUCUCCUGGUUAGUGUAUUAAAUUUCUUGACAGGUUUCCUAGAGGUAAAUGUAUUCAUUCUGGGGAAAUGGGCUUUCCCAUAGCCUAGCUGUCCAGGUUAAUGGAAGGGGUAUUGCUAAGGAACUCGAGUGUAUUACUGUCCUUUGGACAGCUGAGCCUCGGUUUUUUCACACCAUAGAAAAUAACUUAAAGCAUCAGAAGCAGUGAUGGAGGCCAGCCACUUUAGACCGUAAGUUGUGAUGCUGGUGACACACAGCAGAGGCACCUGUGCAGCACACUCAGAAGAUGUGACAGUCUCUGGGAAAUAAUAUUACCAUAUGGAUUUUUAAAAUAUGCUUGCAUGUCAUUGCUGUACUGUGCAUUUUUGAGGCAGUCGUGAAACUGGUGUGUGAUUGUUGGUGUGCUCUGUUGUAAAUUCAAAGAGCUUGUUCAAGUUUUUUUUUUUUUUUUUUACCUAUUGUCUUCAGAGUGUCUAUUUUGAAUUAAAACUUGUUAUACCACUGCACGUAGACCUGUUUAAUUCUUUUAACUGUUAAAACAUCACGAUGACUCAGGAGCAAUCUAAAUGUGGAAGUAGAUACCAU